CCCAGUCUUUCUAUCAAGGAGGCAACAAGACGUAGCAAGCAGCGAACAGAAGCCCAGUCUCCGCCAGCCUCGUCACUACUGCUAGCUCGGCCACCGUCUCCGGCGCUGCGAUCACCGCAGGGAAAAGUAUCGGGAAGAUGAAUUCGGCGACACCGACGACGGAAGAUUUUUCCUCCCUGCCGCUAGAAUUCGUCGAUUUCCCUCCUCUUCCUAGCCUUUCCUCCAAUGCCAUUCCAACCCCAUCCCCGAACCCAACUUCAAGCGUCGACUCCGAUGCAUCUCCUAACCCCAACCGAUUCCUCUCCUUCUCCGUACCCAAGAAACGCCGCCGUGGCCGGCCCACUCGUUCUGCGUCAGCUGCUCCUACUUCCUUUCGACUUCCACAGGUUCCCUUUUUACCGCCUAAGAACAACAUCAACGGGGAGAGCAUUAUUAGCCCUAAUCCGAAUUCCAGCUCGUCAAGGCAGCCGGUAACCGACAUUGCUGAGGAGAUCAUCGUUAUAAACAGAGAAGCCACAGCGGAGGCGUUAACUGCGCUUUCUGCUGGGUUCCCCGCCGAUUCUUUGACGGAGGAGGAAAUUGAGGCUGGCGUGCUUCCGGUGAUCGGUGGGAUCGAGCAGGUAAAUUACACGCUUAUUAGAAACCAUAUUAUUGCGAAAUGGCGAGAGAAUAUAAAUUCGUGGAUUACGAAAGGAAUGUUCUUGAAUUCGGUGCCGGCACAUUGUCAUGGACUCUUGGAUUCUGCUUAUGACUACUUGGUUUCCCGCGGGUACAUUAAUUUUGGUGUAUCGCAAGCCAUCAAAGAAAAAUUUCCUUCAGAGUUUGGUAAGGCGAAGGUGAUCAUCGUUGGUGCUGGGUUGGCUGGGCUGGCUGCGGCCAGGCAGUUAAUGAGGUUAGGGUUUCGGGUUACGGUUUUGGAAGGGAGGAAACGGCCCGGUGGGAGAGUUUACACUAAGAAAAUGGAAUUGGAAGGGGGUGGAGCGAAUAGAGUUAGUGCUUCAGCAGAUUUAGGAGGAAGUGUGUUGACUGGGACUUUGGGUAAUCCUCUAGGAAUUCUGGCAAGGCAAUUGGGGCAUACUUUACACAAGGUGACUGAUAAGUGUCCUCUUUAUGCACCUGAUGGGAAGCCAGUUGAUCUAGAUACAGACAUGAAGGUUGAGGCAGCAUUUAAUCGAUUGUUGGAUCAGGCAAGCAGGCUGAGGCAGUUGAUGGGGGAUGUCUCUGUUGAUGUAUCGCUGGGAGCAGCCUUAGAGACUUUUAGGCAGGUAUAUGGAGAUGCUGUGAAUGAGGAGGAGAUGGGCCUGUUCAAUUGGCAUUGUGCAAAUUUGGAAUAUGCCAAUGCAGGUUUGUUGUCAAAACUUUCCCUAGCAUUUUGGGACCAGGAUGAUCCUUAUGAUAUGGGAGGGGAUCAUUGUUUUGUGCCUGGGGGGAAUGGAAGGUUGGUUCAGGCCUUGGCCGAGAAUGUUCCUAUCUUGUAUGAAAAGACUGUGCACACCAUCAGGUAUGGUAGUGAUGGUGUGCAGGUUGUUGCUGGGAGUCAGACUUUUGAAGGCGAUAUGGUAUUGUGUACAAUACCUCUUGGUGUUCUGAAGAGUGGGUCAGUAAAGUUUGUUCCAGAAUUGCCACAGAGGAAGCUUGAUGGAAUAAAGAGAUUGGGAUACGGAUUAUUGAACAAGGUUGCAAUGCUUUUCCCUUAUGUAUUUUGGGAAAAUGAUCUUGAUACAUUCGGGCAUUUGACUGGUCAUUCAAGCAGACGAGGGGAGUUCUUCUUGUUCUAUAGCUAUGCGACUGUUUCUGGUGGACCACUCUUGCUUGCACUAGUAGCUGGAGAAGCUGCCCUGAAGUUUGAGAGUAUGCCUCCAGUGGAUGCUGUUUCUCAUGUUCUUCAGAUUCUUAAAGGUAUUUAUGAACCACGAGGAAUCAAUGUCCCGGAGCCUAUACAAACUGUAUGUACUAGAUGGGGUAGUGAUUCCUUCUCUCUGGGGUCUUAUUCCAACGUGGCUGUUGGGGCAUCCGGAGAUGAUUAUGAUAUAUUGGCAGAAAGUGUGGGGGACGGAAGACUUUUCUUUGCUGGGGAAGCCACCACUAGGAGGUACCCCGCGACUAUGCAUGGAGCUUUUCUUACUGGCUUAAGGGAAGCUGCUAAUAUUGCAAACUUUGCUAAUGCUAGAUCCUCGAGGAUUAAGCUUAAUCGUACUCCAUUUAAGAACGCUCAUGCAUGUGCUUCACUUCUAGCCGAUUUAUUUAGGGAGCCUGAUAUAGAAUUUGGUAGUUUUGCUGUUAUAUUUGCUCGAAACGAUUCGGAUUCCAAGCCAGCAGCAAUUUUGAGGGUUGCAUUAAGUGACCCUCAGAAGAGGAGUCAAGAAGGUGCUAGGCCGGAUCUACAGCAUUCCAAUAAGUUGCUCUUUAAGCAGCUGCAGUCACACUUUAACCAGCAACAAGAGCUUCAUGUAUAUACACUAUUAUCAAAACAACAGGCACUUGAGCUGAGAGAGGUCAGAGGAGGUGAUGAUGUGCGGUUGAGUUAUCUAGAUGAGAAACUUGGGGUAAAGCUAGUUGGAAGAAAAGGUUUGGGGCCUACAGCUGAUUCUCUCAUUGCUUCCAUCAAAGCUGAGAGAGGCAGUCGCAAAGCAGCUUCUACUUGUUUAACUCUAAAAUCAGGUACUUCCAAGCUGAAAAUGGGUACUUUAAAGCGAAAAUUGGUCAGGAGGGCUAAAAUUGUGAGCCACAGCAAGUUGGCACGUCCCUUCAAUUCGAACAUGGUAAAAGUGUCUGAAGGAAUCAAGGCAAUAAAUCAGUCUCCUCGUGAAAUGAUAGAGGGUAAUAGUAAGACCUGAAUUGCAUGGGAGAAGACCAAGUGGCAUGUUGAAGGCAACUUACCUCUGAGGUAAGAAAUCCUGUACUGCUACCAACAUUCGUCUUACAGAACUCAGUGUGGUACCUGCUAACUACUGAUUGAGGAUCUCUAAUGUGCAAUGGUGCUUCUUUGCUUUCUCCCCUUUCCUCUCGACUUGUUCUGUCGUUGAUUACACGACAAAUUCGUCAUUACAUUUUUUAGGUGUGAAUUAUUACUUUACUAGGUUUAUUGUCUUCAUAAUGGUGCAGGUCCUAUGGUUGGAUCUGUCACCCUGUUCCUCUAUGGAGGAGAACACAUACUGCAACAGAUCCCAACUCCUCUUCAAUCUGUCAACUAGCAGAAAUCAAGAUCUUCCCUGAACUCAAAACAAUUGAAGGAAGUUGUGGAAUACGAAGAUGGGAUAGAUGGUUGAAAAUGGGAAUUUUUUGUUGUCUUAUUGAGCUGCUCAAAGUUCCGUUACUGAUGACCCUCUAGUGUGCACCUUGGUGAGCGGGGUGAUCUAUUCAAGUCGACAACGGAGGAGGAGAUGCAAACUGAUGAUGUACAGUUGAGCAUCUAUCGACGCUUCUUAAUCAGCCGGAGCUCGCAUUGAAGACUGUGGAUGCAGACAGAGACAUGGUAAAUGGUAAUGACUUUUGGUAGCAGGCUUCCACCAAGGAUCUACAUUCAUGGCAAGCCGAGGCCAAAAUUGACGAAUCAUGGUCAGACGAGUUCCUAGCGACGGGUUGCAAAUCUGCAGGUGUUGAAGGCUACUGGUUGUGAUUCACAUUGUAUUGUGCCGGAAACUAUAUGGAUGCAAUUCGGAAUAACAAAAAAAAAAGAUAGCAACCUAGCUAGUUGUGUUACGGAGUUGUCGCGCAAAUGAGUAUUAAGUGUAGGCAGGAAUUUUCAAGUGUGGCUUACUUAAUAAUACAUAUGAUAUAUUUCUUCACACUUGUUCUUGCGAUGAUUAAUAUAUGAGUUGAUUUCAAAAAAAUAUUACUGAAUAUUAUUCGUCUUGCACCUCCAUUCAGAAGCUGUCAUUAUCUAUCUGCCCUCAAGAAUUUGAAGAAACUAACAAUUCGGAAUCAUUCAGAAGCUGAAUUAGGAAUGAUAAUGGGCAGGUUCGGGGCAGGUAUCUCGAUACACAUACCCGCCCCAUGGCAGGUCGGGUAAUUUUUCACGGGGCGCAGGUCGGGCAGGUCGACCCAAUGGGUAUGUAAUUUAUUUGAAAAAUGUUAGAAAUAUUCGUUAUUGUCAUUAAAAGACCAAGUAACAAACCAUAAUAUGAUAAAAUGUAGUUAAAUUA